AACGGAAAGGCGACCGAGUCUUCUCCCUUCAGAAAAGCCAACGGACAUGGAUUCAUCUUCCCCAUUUCUCCUUUCCUCACCAUAGAAAUUCACAAAUUUAUAAAAAAAUAAUAAUAAAAUAAUAAAAUUCCAUUUUUUUGGUUUUCCCAUUUCGAUCUGUGUCUGUUCGACAAAACAACGCCGUCUCCUUCCUUGGACUUUCGCCCUUCUACGCACGUCCAAGGUCUCUCUCUCUCUCUCUCUCUCUCUCUCUCUCCAAAAAAUAAAAACAAAAAACCCCAUUUUUCAAAAAAACAAAAAAACGCCAUUUUCCAGAAAUCCAGACGAUUUCAAAACAAAAAAAAAAACCCAUUUUCCAGAAAUCCAAACAGUUUCAAAACAUCAAUGUCUCUCUCUCUCUCUCCAAAAAAGUAAACAAUAAAAAAUAAAAAAAACCCAUCUUCCUUGCUUCCUUAAUCAAAACAAUUUCAAAACCUCAAUCCAACAUCAAUGCCCUUCUCUCAUCUCCUCCACCAUUGCAAUCUCUCUCUCUCUCUCUCUCUAUCAACUUCUCAAAAAUUUCACUCUUGCCCUCCACUCUCUGACCUUGGAACGUGCGUUUUGUUAGGUUCUCUUUUAGAAUCAAAGAUGCGCUGAACUCUCUUUCUCUCUCUCUCUCUCUCUCUCUCUCUCUCUCAUUAUAGAGAGUUUCAAAAUCCCUCAAUCCCAUCUCGAAACUGCUUUUUUUUUUUCCCUCCUACCAUUCUACAAUGUAUCUUCCACCUUCAUUCUAAAACCCCAAGAAGAAGAAAAAACAUUGUACGGAAGAUUCAAGCAUUUUCGAACGAAAUCAUGGCUCCAUCGUUCAAUUGGUGGGGCAGGGAGAGCCACCAGAGCACGCCUUUAAUCAUCAGAAUGGAGAACCCCAACUACUCCAUGGUCGAAUUGGAGGGCCCCAACGACGAAGAUUUCAUCUCUCCCACUGGAAAAAGGAGCUCCGGCAAGACCGGCAGGGGGAAAAACGCCAAACAGCUGACUUGGGUCAUGCUCCUCAAGGCCCACAAAGCCGCCGGCUGCCUUACCUCCAUUGGCUCCGCAGCCUUCGGGCUUGCAGCCGCUGUCCGGCGGCGGUUCGCCUCAGGCAGGAUGGACUCGGAGACGGCGAAUGAGGUCGAAGAGAAUCCUACAGUGAAGGGCAGGUUCUACUCCUGCAUCAAGCUCUUCCUGGUGCUGUCUGUCGUAAUGCUGGCGUUCGAGAUCACCGCUUACUUGAAAGGGUGGCAUUUUGCGGGGCCGCAGUCGCAGCUGCCGAGGAUAUUCUCUUCGCCAUUGGAGAUUUGGGGUCUGUUCAAUUCAUUGUAUUCUAGCUGGGUUUUGUUGCGGGUGGAGUAUCUCGCUCCCAUUCUUCAGUUUCUCUCCGACGCCUGCACCAUUCUGUUCUUGAUACAGAGCGCUGACCGACUGGUUUUGUGUUUGGGGUGCUUUUGGAUCCGAUGGAAGAAGAUAAAGCCCGUUCCGAAACAGACGGUUGAGGAUCUCGAAGCCGGUGGAGCAGAAUUCUUCCCCAUGGUGCUUGUACAGAUUCCCAUGUGCAAUGAGAAAGAGGUUUAUCAGCAGUCAAUUGCUGCCUGCUGCAGUCUAGACUGGCCGGGUUCGAACCUGCUAAUCCAAGUCCUCGAUGAUUCAGAUGACCCCACGACGCAGAUGCUUAUCAAGGAAGAGGUGUUGAAGUGGCAGCAUAAUGGGGCCCACAUUGUAUACCGGCACCGUGUCAUCAGAGACGGGUACAAGGCUGGGAAUCUCAAGUCGGCAAUGAAUUGUAGUUAUGUCAAGGACUAUGAGUUCGUUGCCAUCUUCGAUGCCGAUUUUCAGCCGUCUUCCGAUUUCCUAAAGAAGACCAUUCCCCAUUUCAAGGAUAAUGAGGAAGUGGGGCUAGUGCAGGCGAGAUGGUCGUUCGUGAACAGGGAUGAGAACUUGUUGACGAGAUUGCAGAACGUGAAUUUGUCAUUCCAUUUUGCAGUGGAGCAGCAAGUGAACGGCAUUUUCAUCAAUUUCUUCGGGUUCAAUGGGACUGCUGGGGUGUGGAGGAUAAAGGCAUUGGAGGAUGCCGGAGGGUGGAUGGAGAGGACGACGGUUGAGGACAUGGAUAUCGCCGUCCGUGCUCAUCUGCAUGGUUGGAAAUUCAUCUUCCUUAACGAUGUCGAGUGCCAAUGCGAGCUACCGGAAUCAUAUGAAGCUUACAGGAAGCAGCAAUACCGGUGGCAUUCUGGUCCAAUGCAUCUGUUUCGACUAUGUUUACCCGAUAUCAUCCGAUCCAAGAUCAGCAUUUGGAAGAAGGCCAAUCUCGUAUUCCUCUUCUUUCUACUAAGAAAACUGAUCCUCCCCUUCUAUUCCUUCACCCUCUUCUGCAUUAUCCUCCCAAUGACCAUGUUUGUCCCCGAGGCCGAGCUCCCCAUCUGGGUUGUCUGCUACAUCCCCGCCACAAUGUCCUUCCUCAACAUCCUCCCCGCCCCAAAAUCCUUCCCUUUCAUCGUCCCCUACCUUCUCUUCGAGAACACCAUGUCCGUCACCAAGUUCACUGCCAUGAUCUCAGGCCUCUUCCAGCUUGGCAGCUCCUACGAGUGGGUGGUGACCAAGAAAUCCGGACGCUCGUCUGAGGGCGACCUCGUCUCGCUGCUCGACAAGGAGCCAAUGCACCAUCGAGGCGCCUCCGCGCCCGAUCUCGAUGCCAUCGAGAAAGAGGCCUCCCUAAACCAACAGCUGCAGGAAUCCCAAAAGAAGCAUAACCGAAUAUAUAGAAAGGAGCUGGCAUUGGCGCUUCUCCUUCUGACGGCAUCGGCCAGGAGCUUGCUUUCCGCACAGGGCAUACAUUUCUACUUCUUGCUCUUUCAAGGGGCCUCUUUCUUGGUGGUGGGCCUCGACCUGAUUGGCGAACAAGUCAAUUGAGAGAAACAAGAGAUGCCCAUUGUCAUGGGCCCCGCCUAGUGAACAUCCCGAUGAUCCAAACCGUUGAUGGCGAAUGCCAUGUGUGGCCUAUGAGAUGGAGAAAAACGAUACUAUACAUCACAGACAUGGCACAUGAGGCAGUGCAGCCGGUAGACAACGAUGAGGAGGACGGCUUUUCAUGCUCUCCCUCCCUCCAUCCCUCACCCAAAGAGAGAUUGUUAGAAGGAAGAACUCCUUUUUGUUCUCUCUUUCUCUCUCACCCAAAGAGAGAUUGUUAGAAGGAAGAACUUUUUGUUCUCUCUAUCUCUCUCACCCAAAGAGAGAGAUUGUUGCAAGGAAGGACUCAUCUUUGUAGAGAGGUGUAGAUAAAAUGCUGCUCUCUCUCAUCUGUAAGAUGUUUUUUUAUUCUUUUGUAAAAGAUUUUUUUUUUUCUUGAAGGAGAUUUCAGUUACUACAGUUAGAUUCCUAUGUAGAAGAGGAUUUCUUAUUUGAGAAUAGGAAAUGGGUAGUUAGAAAAGAA